UGUGUGUAUGCGGCAGCGGUACUUGCCAGGUAUAAGGUGCAGUUCGUGUCUUUAAUCUGGUGUAGUACAACAGGAUCGGCUGUUUUCUGCUGUAGUACUAAACACGUUUUGCGUUUCAUAGAGUCCAAAGAGUACAAUGAUGUUUGAGACUAGUCAAGAUAAUCUGCUGUUCCCCACUGAAAGCCAGAUUCAGCCUUUCUUCCCUGAGGAGGGAUUAGGCAGUGGAAUCAUUUCUCUUGCUGAAGCCUUUCUUCCUUUAGUUGAGUAUCCAUCUCCUCCUAUGACCCCCUGGCUCUGCUCCACCCGCUACAAGACAGAACUGUGCAGCCGCUAUGCUGAGACUGGUACCUGCAAGUAUGCAGAACGCUGCCAGUUUGCUCAUGGCCUCCAUGAUCUUCAUGUACCUUCACGCCAUCCUAAGUAUAAAACGGAGAUGUGUCGUACCUAUCACACUGCUGGAUAUUGUGUUUAUGGCACACGCUGUCUAUUUGUGCACAACCUUAAAGAGCAAAGGCCUGCCCGUCCCCGGUGCAAAAAUGUACCAUGCCGUACGUAUCGUGCAUUUGGGGUUUGUCCCUUUGGCACCAGAUGCCACUUUCUGCAUGUUGGUGGCUCUGCAUCUGACAGUGCAGAGGAUGAGAGACCAUGGCAACCUCCAAGUUCCCAAGAUUGGAAACCUCGUGGUGCCCUCUGUCGUACGUUUAGUGCUUUUGGAUUCUGUCUGUAUGGCACCCGUUGCCGGUUCCAGCAUGGACUCCCCAAUACGAUCAAAGGUCUUUGCUCUAAAUAUGCAAACUGGUCUCAUCAAAUGCUAAAUGGAGGAUCACUCUCGCCUGCAUCAGAUACAUGUUCUUCACCCUCUCCACCUUCCUCAUUGCCUCCAUCUGCACUAGCCUCACCAGUGUACCCUGAUGACUCUGGUCCAAUCACCCCUCCUUCAGUAGAUACAGUGGCCAACAAUGCCUUUACAUUUAGCAGUCAGCAUUUGAAUGACCUGCUGCUACCUGUGGCCUUUAGGCUUCAGCAGCUAGAGAAGGCUGCCAAAACUGCCCCACAAAGUUAACUGGAGGACUGCUCUCAUGAGGUCUGUGGCAUGGGGAGAGGUCCCAGAUGCACUGACCACCUGUGAACUCUCAAGCCUUAAUGGCUUUAACUGUGUUAAUACUGUGCGGAAUGCAUGUUUACUACUAGAUGUGUGUAUAUUAUUUUCUGCAACUUUUUUGCUUUUAACUGCCUCUUGAGAUCAAGUCUCAAAUGGUUUGCUUUUAUCUUAAUUCAUGUCUGUCCUGUAUUUCUUAAUUUUUUUUCACUGAGUGAGAACCUCAAGUGUACAUUGAGACAAUUUUACUGGCUUUAUUUAUGAAGGCUUUGCUUGCUAUAUGAAUGUUUUGUAACUUAUAGAUUUUUAAACUUAA